GGCUGUGCAUAAGGGGUAGCAAACCGAGCUAGUGAGGGGACUAAUAUAAAAACCGCAACAGUUUUGAACAGGCUUGAUUGCGUCAAAAGUCACAUAUCUGCAGCUGUGGUUAGCAAGCAGGGCUAACACAGUGGCCAUGGACGGAGUCAGCAGCAAUAGAGCUAUGUCCUACAGUCGUUGGAGUUACGACAGCGUUCUAGAUGAUGAGGCGGGGAACCUCCGCCAACAGAAGCUGGACAGGCAGCGUGCCCUGUUGGAGCAGAAGCAGAGGAAGAAGCGGCAGGAGCCGCUGAUGGUGCAGUCCAACGUGGACGGUCGCUCACGCGCACGCCGGACCAAGCAGUCCGAAGAGCAGGCCCCUCUGGUGGAGUCCUACCUCAGCAGCAACAGCAGCACCAUUUAUCAUGUUCAAGAAGCUGAGCAGGACGAGGCUGUAGUGGAAUCCCAGGCUCCCCGCUCAGCUAAAAAGGCCAAGGCCUCGGCCUCCACCCCACAAGCUGGCAGUGCCAAAAAGGAGAAAAAAGGGAAGCACAAAGGGAUUGAUGGACCAGCUGGCCUCCAGGAGGAGGUGCGGGAUCUGGGGAGUGAGAUCCAGAUCCUGAAGGUGGGCCGGCUGGCCGCGGCCUCGGGGGACUGUGAGGGCGAGGCGGAUGCUGUGGGCAGUGUUCAGCCCCAGGGGAAGCAGGACCUGAGGGUCACCAUGCUGAAGAAAGGUAUUUCCAGUAGUAUGAACUUUGAUGAAGAGGACGAUGAUGAUGACGAAGAUGAUGAAGACACAUCCAGUUCCUCCCAGCUCAACAGCAGCACCAGACCCAGUUCAGCCACCAGCAGGAAGUCCAACAAGGACGCGGCCUCAGCGCCCUCUGCCCUGGUCAGUGAGCAGGCCAUCGAGGUGGAUGACCUAGAGGAGUUCAGCCUGCGACCAGCACCCCAGGGUCUGACCGUCAAGUGCAGGAUCACCCGAGACAAGAAGGGCAUGGACCGGGGCAUGUACCCCACGUACUACCUCCACCUGGAGAGAGAGGAUGGCAAAAGGGUGUUCCUCUUAGCGGGAAGAAAGAGAAAAAAGAGCAAGACAUCUAAUUACCUCAUCUCCAUCGACCCCACGGACCUAUCCCGAGGGGGAGAGAGUUUCAUCGGGAAACUGAGGUCAAACCUGAUGGGGACUAAGUUUACGGUGUACGACAGCGGCCUGAAUCCUGUGAAGACUCCAUCCAGCUUAGAAGCCAGCAACCUGCGUCAGGAACUGGCCGCCAUCUGUUAUGAAACCAAUGUUCUAGGCUUCAAAGGGCCUCGGAAAAUGAGUGUCAUUAUCCCAGGAAUGAACAUGGAGCAUGAGAGGGUGUCCAUUAGGCCACGAAACGAGCAUGAGACUCUGCUGGCACGGUGGCAGAACAAGAGUACAGAGAGCGUGAUCGAGCUACACAACAAGACGCCCGUGUGGAACGACGACACACAGUCCUACGUGCUCAACUUCCACGGCAGGGUCACCCAGGCCUCUGUCAAGAAUUUCCAGAUCAUCCAUGACAAUGACAUGGACUACAUUGUGAUGCAGUUUGGCCGGGUGGCGGAGGACGUCUUCACCAUGGACUACAAUUACCCCAUGUGCGCCCUGCAGGCCUUCGCCAUCGCCCUCUCCAGCUUCGACAGCAAGCUGGCCUGUGAAUAGGGAGCGCCACCCCGUGCUGACAUCACUUCCUGUUCUCUGCACUCUCCUCUCCCACCAGGAUGAUCCCAGGGUCCCAUCCUGACUGCUUAAGAGAAACAAGAACUCCACUCCCCAAACUGAAUGGAGGAGGAGUGACGGAGGAGGGGCUAAGGGUUCGGUGAAGUACCGUAAGAUACAGAUGUUCUGGUCUGUGUAGCUUUCCCCACGAAUGAAGCGGUUAUCUCUGUCUCAAUCUGCAGUGGACAAAAGCACAAACAGUAAUAUACUCAUGCAUUACAAGUUGCUUUUUCCUUUGUUUGUUUGCUUAUUUUUACAAAUGAUUGUCAGGAUGAAAUCAUGACAAUGGUUAUUACUACUGCUGGUAUUUGUGACUGUAUUUGCGAUAUAUUAACACUGUUUUAUUGAUGGACAACAUUGUCAUUCAAGAGCUGAAAUCUGUGUUGCUUGCAUACACUAACAGACUAAAAUGUCUUUGAUAAGCUGAAUUAUGUAUAAGAGACGAGACUGGACCUCUAACCAUGUCAUCAUUUGCAUUGUCAUUUGGCAACUUCAGUUAUUUAACAGUCAUUCAAUCAAUUCUGUCAAUAGCCUCAGCAUUAAUUGCAAAACUACAGAAUAAUUUACCUGUGUAAACACCAUGAAUGGAAAGUCAGCAGGUCAUGUCACUAGGUUGAUGAUAUCUGAAUAGUGGCCCUGAUGUGAUCGGUAUUAGUAUCAUGUAGCUCAUUAGCCUACAGUUCUGCAUCAUUUUCCACAAAAUGGUCCAGAAAUAUGCUGCAUUCUCCUAGGCCACACUUGGAAUUUGUUGAAAGUAUUUUUGUUAUUUAUGUAUUUAUGUUUCCACAUUAUUUGAUGUGCUGUAAUUUGAUUAAUCAAUUGUAUUUUCCUGUAGCAGAGUCAGUCUGUAUGGUAAAAUGGAGUCAGAAGCACAUAGUUUAUUGCGACUGACAGCAAUACCCACCGAAAACCAAAAACAAGGAGGGGACAGAAAGAGAGGCAAAGUGUUCUGUCACGGGAAGUGAAGACAGAUCGAUGAUUCAGCCCUCUCUAUGUCCUUGUAACUUUGUCAAACACAAUGAGGAGUCAUUUUCUCUCUGGGAACGUAAGGAAUGCAGCACUUUAACUUGAGUUUACCAUGCUUGUUAGACAGUUGUAAAUAUCGUGCCUUUGGAGGAAAAAAUGUCAUGCGUCAAUUCUUUUUAAAAAUGCUGUAAUCUUCAGUUUUUGCCUUUUACAGCAACAUUUCCAGAACGUGAAAGGAAAUUUAACUUGAAGCGCUAAGAAAUAGCUAUUUGUGCACAGAGACCCACCAAAGCACAGGUGAUUUGAAAUUGCCCGAGACGACGUGGAAUCAUGUGAUACGUGAAAGUUAUUUCCAGUUUGUAAACCUCCUUAGUUAUAGUAUGAACUUUUCAUGCUGCCACAGUGUGAGGUAAGUUGCGUGUCUUAUUGAAGCUGCUUCCCAACUAUAGAUUUAGCUAAACAAAAGGCCUUUUUAUUAAAACUAGUUAAAUGCUAUGCGUGAGCAUCCUAAAAGUCUGAAAGGUAGCUACUGUCUACAUGCUAGCAGUGGGUAAUUAUGAAUGUUUUAUUCGGCCCCUUUCAUUGGCAGCUUUGGAUAUAACAUUCACAGUAUUCUGGGAUAUUACAUGGGAGGGCUGCCAGAACUGGCUGAGAACAGAGAUUGCGUGUGAGAGCAGAGUAGUGAAGGUUUCUCCAAUCUUACUGAAAUCUGGAGACUAACAGGGUCUGCUUAUUUUUCUUUUCACCCAAGAAAACAAGUGAGGUGAGUAUUAUUUGUAAUCAAAUACCUUUAUUGAUCAAUUAAGCGCAGAAUAACAACUGAAACCUGCAGACACUAUGGCUGUCCAGUACCAGGGUUGGGAACCUUUCCUCUAGGGCAAGGAUCUCAAAGUAAAAUCCUGGAUGGCAGCUGUGCCUGUUAGUUUUGGACGUGUUCCUGAACGUAAGUGAUUCAUUUAAGUCAUUGAUUGGCUAAAGAGUCUACAGACCUUUUUCCCAAAGCCUAAAUUGGCUGCUAAUUGAAAGAAAAUGACAAAAAACAGCGGAGACUGCAGCCCCCCAGGAGUCUGAUGCCCCACUAUAGGGGGGGGUCACAGCCAUUUUUUAUACCGUGUUCCUCCUGUGAAAGAUAUUCUACUCAAUUCUGUUCUAGUCUAUUCUAUGAAUGGAUGAUGUAAACUGAGAGGUGAAGGAACACAGUGAGAACUAGCAGAGGAACAUGACAGAGAGGUAGCCAAGCUGGAUGUAAGCUUGGCUUAAUCAGACAUGCCAGCUCUAUAGUUUUACAGCGCAUUCACAAUCUUCAGAGGAUUGAAUUGCUCUCUGUUAGUUUUUGUGUGAUUCUUUCAUUGGGCUGAAGUAUUUGCUUGGCACAGCUACUGUUACAGUAACUGCUGGCCACUCUGUAUUGGGGCCAAAUACGACAUGCAAAUGUGUCCUAUUCUUCACAAGGUGGUAACAAUUGGCCAUCUGUCUGCAGUGAGCCAAUGUCUUCCACAAUCUGCUCAAAUCACCACUUCAACUGUGGAUUACUUUUUUAUUUCUGUGGGGGUCUGGGUUUGUAUUAGACAUAUUUCUAAAUAUUUUUUUAUUGGUUAGUAUUAUUAUUUUACCAAGAACAACUUUCAUGAACAUUUUUGAGGAAAUCUGUUUUCAAUAUUCUACACUUGGAUAUUUACUGUACAAAUGCAGGUUGAGUAGGGUAUCGUUUCUCAGUAGUACAUCUGCAGUACACCUCCUGGGAUGUGGGCUAGUCACAGCUGCUCCUCCACUGUGUACUGUGGACAUAACUGCAUGGCAGUUUGAAUUGGAGGGGGCAAAGGUGAAGUGUCUCAAAGAUGGGCCUCUUACUGUAUAGUCUUAUUUCUGUCAUCCAUUGCCCCUAACCCCCAUCAUACCCUGCCUCUCAUAAGUGACCGGCUAGAGCAGGGCAGGACCAAAUGGUAUCAUUUUGUUGUUACACCAGCACCCAGGCAUCCCGCCCAUGUGGGUCAUCAUUAGCUGCUUUUCCAUUAAGAUCCCACAGACAGUUCUCUCCUUACUAAUGCAUGAACUAGCCCAGAUAGGCAUUUCCAAACUACUUUUUUUUUUUUAGUAAGGGUGACAUGAAUGCUGCACGAAAUUGGGAUUCAAUAUUCCAAAUUUGUAGAAACUCACGCUAACGGAAACAAAGCUAUUGACAUACAGUAUCACAUUGCUGCCACCGUUUUUCGCAGUUUGAGUGGAAUCCUUUUUAAGUCUAGAAUUUCAGCAAAUGGAAAUAACAGAUGCUUUAAAUUGCCUGAACACUGUAUGUUAUUUACAUUACUGCUAAUUUAUUUUCAUUUUUUUAAAUGAAGAAAUCUGAAUACUUUCACAAAAGCAAAAGGCCCUGUCACUGAGUUUAUAAAAAAAUUGGCAUAAAAACUA